GCGGCGCUGUGAUCCCGCGCCGGGAGCCAUGCGGAGGUUCGGCUACUGCCGGGUGGUUUUGGCCACCUCGCUGCUCUGGGUGCUGCUGGACGUCUUCCUGCUGCUCUACUUCAGCGAGUGCAACAAGUGCCAGGACAGCAAGGAGCGCUCGCUGCUGCCGGCGCUGCGCGCCGUCAUUUCCCGGAGCCAGGAGGGCCCGGGGGAGAUGGGCAGGGCGGUGCUGAUCCCCAGGGAGGAGCAGGAGAAGAUGAAGGAGCUGUUCAAGAUCAACCAGUUCAACCUCCUGGCCAGCGACCGCAUCGCCCUCAACCGCAGCCUGCCCGACGUGCGGCUGGACGGGUGCAGGAGCAAGGUGUACCCGGAGGAGCUGCCCGACACCAGCGUGGUGAUCGUGUUCCACAACGAGGCGUGGAGCACGCUGCUGCGCACCGUGCACAGCGUCAUCGCGCGCUCCCCGCCGCGCCUGCUGGCCGAGAUCCUGCUGGUGGACGACGCCAGCGAGAGAGAGUUCUUGAAGGCCUCCUUGGAGAAUUACGUGCGGAAGCUGGCGGUGCCCGUGCGGAUCCUGCGGAUGGAGCAGAGGUCGGGGCUGAUCCGGGCGCGGCUGCGCGGGGCCGCGGCUGCCCGGGGCCAGGUGAUCACCUUCCUGGACGCCCACUGCGAGUGCACCCUGGGCUGGCUGGAGCCGCUGCUGGCCAGGAUCAAGGAGGACAGGAAAACCGUGGUGUGUCCCAUCAUCGACGUGAUCAGCGACGACACCUUCGAGUACAUGGCUGGCUCGGACAUGACCUACGGGGGCUUCAACUGGAAGCUGAAUUUCCGCUGGUAUCCCGUGCCCCAGCGGGAGAUGGAGCGCAGGAAAGGGGACAGGACCCUGCCCGUCAGGACCCCAACUAUGGCUGGUGGCCUGUUUUCUAUUGACAGGAGCUACUUUGAAGAGAUAGGAACUUACGAUGCGGGAAUGGAUAUCUGGGGUGGCGAGAAUCUUGAAAUGUCCUUUAGGAUCUGGCAGUGCGGGGGCUCCCUGGAGAUCGUCACCUGCUCCCACGUGGGACACGUUUUCCGCAAGGCCACUCCCUACACGUUCCCGGGAGGCACCGGCCACGUCAUCAACAAGAACAACCGCCGGCUGGCCGAGGUGUGGAUGGACGAGUUCAAGGAUUUCUUCUACAUCAUCUCCCCGGGGGUGGUGAAGGUGGAUUACGGAGACGUUUCCGUCAGGAAGGCGCUACGGGAGAGCCUGGGCUGCAAACCCUUCUCCUGGUACCUGGAGAACGUCUACCCCGACUCGCAGAUCCCGCGGCGCUACUACUCCCUGGGAGAGAUCAGGAAUGUUGAAACCAACCAGUGCUUGGACAACAUGGGCCGCAAGGAGAACGAAAAAGUGGGAUUUUUCAACUGCCACGGCAUGGGAGGGAACCAGGUGUUUUCCUACACGGCGGACAAGGAGAUCCGCACGGACGACCUGUGCCUGGACGUGUCGCGGCUCAACGGCCCCGUGCUGAUGCUCAAGUGCCACCACCUGAGGGGAAACCAGCUCUGGGAAUACGACGCCGAGAAGCUCACCCUGCGGCACCUGAACAGCAACCAGUGCCUGGCGGAGCCGUCGGAGGAGGAUCGGCUGGUGCCCUCCAUGCGGGAAUGCGGCGGCGGCCGCGCCCAGCAGUGGCUGCUGCGCAACACCACGCUGGCGGCCUGACCCCCGCCACGCUUCCCGCUUUUCCCGCCCUCUCCCGGGGCCGCCGCCGCGCCCUCGGACCCCUCGGAGCCGUCUGACGCUGGAGGAGUUGGGAUGUGCAGGCGUCGGUGUCACCGCGGAGAGGCGGCCCGGCCUCAAGGCCCCGCGGCAGCAGCUGGAGCCGGGAGCUGUCCCGGGAUGGGCUGGGCUCGCCUGGAGAUCCCGGAGGAGGUGCCGGAGGAGGUCCCGGAGGAGGUCCUGGAGGAGAUCCCAGAGGAGAUCCCGGAGGAGGUCCUGGAGGAGAUCCCAGAGGAGGUCCUGGAGGAGAUCCCAGAGGAGGUCCUGGAGGAGAUCCCAGAGGAGGUCCUGGAGGAGAUCCCAGAGGAGGUCCUGGAGGAGGUCCCGGAGGAAUCCUGGAGGAGAUCCCAGAGGAGGUCCUGGAGGAAUCCUGGAGGAGAUCCCAGAGGAGGUCCCGGAGGAAUCCUGGAGGAGAUCCCAGAGGAGAUCCUGGAGGAGGUCCUGGAGGAGAUCCCAGAGGAGGUCCCGGAGGAAUCCUGGAGGAGAUCCCAGAGGAGGUCCCGGAGGAGUCCUGGAGGAGGUCCGAGAGAAGGUCCCGGAGGAGAUCCCGGAGGAUCUUGGGUGUUCUCUCGUGCCCAGCGGGAUUUGACAGCACCAAAGCUUCCUGGGUUGUCCCGGGAGAAAAUGGGAUCUGGUGUUGGGAAAACCAGGCCAAGACUGCCCUUCACCAGGAAUUCCAACAGAAGAUGCCACAGGAGACGUGGGAAUGCUGAGGGGAAGGAGCGGCACUGGUGGGAGUUCGGAGUGGCACGGAGGGAGCUGUCCUCUCCUUCCAUGGGGAUGGAGCUGUCCCUUCCAUGGGGAUGGAGCUGUCCUUUCCAUGGAGAUGGAGCUGUCACUUCCAUGGGGAUGGAGCUGUCCCUUCCCUGGGGAUGGAGCUGUCACUUCCAUGGGGAUGGAGCUGUCCUUUCCAUGGGGAUGGAGCUGUCCUUUCCAUGGAGAUGGAGCUGUCACUUCCAUGGGGAUGGAGCUGUCCCUUCCCUGGGGAUGGAGCUGUCCCUUCCAUGGGGAUGGAGCUGUCCUUUCCAUGGGGAUGGAGCUGUCCCUUCCCUGGGGAUGGAGCUGUCCCUUCCAUGGGGAUGGAGCUGUCCCUUCCAUGGGGAUGGAGCUGUCCUUUCCAUGGAGAUGGAGCUGUCACUUCCAUGGGGAUGGAGCUGUCCCUUCCAUGGGGAUGGAGCUGUCCCUUCCAUGGGGAUGGAGCUGUCCUUUCCAUGGGAAUGGAGCUGUCCCUUCCCUGGGGAUGGAGCUGUCCUUUCCAUGGGAAUGGAGCUGUCCCUUCCAUGGGGAUGGAGCUGUCCCUUCCAUGGGGAUGGAGCUGUCCCUUCCAUGGGGAUGGAGCUGUCCCUUCCAUGGGAAUUAAACUGUCCCUUCCAUGGGGAUGGAGCUGUGGCCGGACCUUGGGCUCAGGGGACACCUGGAAGGACCAAAGCUGAGACCUCUGGAGGUUGGAAGGUCUCCAUCCCUCCAUCCCAACACAUCCAUGGAUCCCUGCAUCCCACCGGGCCGCAGCUCUGUCCCUGGAUCCACGCCCAGCUCUGCCCCCAGGGGCUUCCACUCCCUGAGGAAUCACGGAAUCCUUUCUGGUUUUAGGCAUCUGGGGGCUCAAUCCUUUCGUUGGUGUUCCCAAAAUUUAGGAAUUGGGGGGCUCAAUCCUUCUGUGGCUGUUCCCAAAGCGCUGCUGGCCCUCGGGAGCUGCUUCCAGCUGGGAUGUGGGGACAGGGGCGUUCCUGGAAUGUGCUGGGGACGUUCCUUUGGGAGCCACCCCAAUUGCAGCUGUGGCCCUCUGGGCUGGGAUUUUGGGAAUUCUCACUGCCCAGAGGGUUCAGGAGCCUGAAAUCCCAGGACAGCGGGAUCCCAGCACGGGUAAGCGGGGAAACGUUUCCCGGGAUUUCCCUCACAAUUCCCCAAAAACCUCUGUAAAUGCACUGGGUCAUUAAAAAUGCCGGUAUUUUCUGUA